AUGGUUCCUGAUUCUGAGAAAAAGGAUGGCAAACCACGAGCUAGGUGCAAGUUGUGUGGAGUCACUUAUAUGGCUGCGAGCAAAUAUGGAACCGGAAAUAUGAAGUGUCACAUUGACACAUGCCUCAGGAGAAGUUCACGAGAUAUUGGUCAGUGUUUGUUAUCACAAAAUAGUGGAUUCGGAUCUGUUUCAGUAGGUAAUCUUAAAUUUGAUAGUAAUGAAUAUAGAGAAUUAUUGAUAGCCGCUAUUGUGAAGCAUGAACUGCCUUGUCGAUUUGUUGAAUAUUCGGGGGUGAGAUCUUUAUUACAAUAUUUGCGACCAGAUGUGCCAAUUAUUUCUAGGAAUACUGCCAAAGCUGAUUUGGUUAAGAUGUAUCAUCGAGAAAAAAAAAAAAGAAUUAGAUGUUUCUUAAAUGAUUCUCCUGGUAGAAUUAGUUUGACAUCUGACUUGUGGACUUCUAUAACCACUGAUGGUUAUACGUGCAUUACAGCACAUUUUUUAGAUAAGAAAUGGGUUUUACAGAAAAGGGUUUUGAACUUUUCUUUUAUGCCACCACCACAUAAUGGCAUCUCUUUGUCUGAAAAAAAUUUUAACUUGCUAUGUGAGUGGGGAAUUCAACACAAGAUUUUUGCAUUAACUUUGGACAAUGCAUCUUCUAAUGAUGUUUCAGUAGAAUUAUUAAGAACUCAGUUGAACAUUAAGAAAGCUCUUGUUUGUGAUUGUGAGUUCUUUCAUCUUCGUUGUUGUGCACAUAUUCUUAAUUUGGUAGUACAAGAUGGGUUGAAAGAGAUUGAUCAUGCUAUUCAAAAAGUUCGUGAAAGUAUCAACCAUUUGGAGUUGACUGAUUCCAAUUUUAAGCAUUAUCCAUCAAAUUCUGAGUGGGAAAAAGUGGAGAAGAUUAAAGGUUUAUUGAGUGUUUUUUAUGAAGCCACUUGUGACUUUUCUGGGACGAAAUACCCUACAGCCAAUCUCUACUUUCCAGCUAUGUUUUUUAUUUAUUUUACAUUAAAGCGGCAUUCUGAGGGUGAAGAUGACUAUAUGAAGAGAAUAUCUUGCCAAAUGCUUACUAAGUUUGAGAAAUAUUGGUUUGAGUUUAAUGUGUUGUUGGCUAUAGCAGUUAUAUUGGAUCCUCGAUACAAGCUUCAUUUUGUUGAUUUUUCUUAUACAAAGCUUUAUGGAGAUUGUUCUAUUGAGUUUAUGAGUGUUCGGACCAAGAUGGCAUAUCUUUUCAUGGAAUAUGCUUCUUCUAGUGUUCCCACAUGUUCUACCAUGACUUCUGAAAGCAAUGUUAGUGGAGUGCAAAGUGAGUCUUCAGUUAAUAAACAAGUAUUUCAGGAAUUUGAUUCAUUUAGACAUGAUGAUCUUAGUGCCCAUUUGCACAAAAGUCAAUUGGAUCUUUACUUGGAUGAAUCUAGGGCAGAUAGAAAUGCAAAGAUUGAUAUUAUUUCCUUUUGA